UUCGCCGUGCGCUCCUUCGGGAACCGCUGCUGUAGGUAACUUUUAUACCAUGGAUUCAAGAGGGCUUUCAACAAGUUUUAGGGCUCGUUUAUCUUCUGGAACGUGAUUCGAAUUCAUUCUGCGGUUUCGUGAGGUAAUUACGCAAAGGCUGCAGGAUUUCUGAAGACUUUUGAAGAGGGUUUUUGUCAUUAUGGGAAUGAAACACUCCUCGCGCUGUUUGCUCCUCAGGAGAAAAAUGGCGGAUGCGGAGAGCACUGAGCAACAGCCCCUGAGUGCUGCCCCAUCCCAGUCGGUCCAGCCGUCUCCUCUGCCCAAACCAGUGUCAUCAGUCCAUCAUGCCCAGCGGCCCACACACCCGUCUCACACGCCUCACACCCCUCAUUCAGCCAACUUACCCAGCUGCCCUGGCAGAGGAAAGAUGGCCAAGUUCCUCAACCCCGACGAGAUGACCUCCAGGGAUUACUAUUUUGACUCGUACGCCCACUUUGGCAUUCAUGAGGAAAUGCUAAAGGAUGAAGUGAGGACGUUGACAUACAGGAACUCCAUGCACCAUAACAAACACAUCUUCAAGGACAAGAUCGUGCUGGACGUGGGGAGUGGUACUGGCAUCCUCUCCAUGUUUGCUGCCAAGGCCGGAGCCAAGCACGUGUAUGGGAUUGAAUGCUCAAGUAUAUCAGAAUACUCUGAGAAAAUCAUCAAGGCCAAUCAUCUGGACAGUGUUAUAACCAUCUUUAAAGGGAAAGUGGAAGAGACGGAGCUGCCGGUAGAUCAGGUGGACAUUAUCAUCUCAGAGUGGAUGGGUUACUGCCUUUUUUAUGAGUCCAUGCUCAACACAGUCAUCUACGCCAGAGAUAAGUGGCUGAAACCUGGAGGUCUGAUGUUCCCAGACAGGGCUGCUCUAUAUGUGGUGGCCAUUGAAGACAGGCAUUUAACUAGCCUUAAAAAUUCAAAGAGUAGAAAAGAUCUGUCAAGUGUCUCUGUGGCCUUAUCCUGUCUGUGUGUUCCAGUUAUAACCAUCUUUAAAGGGAAAGUGGAAGAGACGGAGCUGCCGGUAGAUCAGGUGGACAUUAUCAUCUCAGAGUGGAUGGGUUACUGCCUUUUUUAUGAGUCCAUGCUCAACACAGUCAUCUACGCCAGAGAUAAGUGGCUGAAACCUGGAGGUCUGAUGUUCCCAGACAGGGCUGCUCUAUAUGUGGUGGCCAUUGAAGACAGGCAGUACAAGGACUUCAAGAUUCACUGGUGGGAGAACGUUUAUGGUUUUGACAUGACUUGCAUCAGGAACGUAGCUAUGAAAGAACCACUGGUGGACAUCGUGGACUCAAAACAAGUGGUAUCCAACGCCUGCCUGAUCAAGGUCAGCCAUUAA